AAGCUGAGCCACAAGACUCAACAUAUAUCCCUGGUGACUCUGUUCUAACGGACGAAUCUGCCAUGUCGUCUGAGCCAGUGUCUACUUAUAAGGAUGAUAAGUACAUUGUUUUUGAAAGUUGCCUAAGGGAGCUUUUUCAAAGCUGUCCUGUAUGCAAGAGGCAGUGUGACGUUCAGCGCCGAAAAAUGGGAACAUAUGUGUCAUUCACACAGCUCUGCCCGCACUGCAACUAUUCAAGACAGUGGCAGAGUCAGCCUGUUGUAGGAAGUACCCCCGUCGGCAACCUACACCUGUCAGCGGCAACAUAUUUCACCGGUUCAUCCUUCAUCCAACUGGAAAAGAUAUGCAAGGCCAUGAAUCUUCAGAUUUUCCAGUAUGACACCUUCAGGAGGCAUGCUAGGAGUUUUCUGGAGCCAGCCAUAAUCCACAAAUGGAAGACGGAUCAGCAACAUCUUUUUCAAAAGUUACAGCAUGGAGGAAAGAUUGGAGUCAGUGGAGAUAUGCGAGCUGACUCCCCAGGGCACUCAGCAAAGUAUGGGAGCUACACACUGAUGCACCUAGACAGUAACCGCAUUAUUGACCUUCAGCUUGUUCAGAGCAAUGAAGUAGGUGGUAGUUACCACAUGGAGAAGGAGGGCCUUAAACGUUGCCUGGAUCUACUGGAUUCAAACGGUUUGGUGAUGGACUACAUUGUCACCGACCGUCAUCCACAGAUCCAGAAGUAUCUGAGGGAGCGCAGCAUCACCCACUUCUAUGAUGUGUGGCACUUUGAGAAAGGUUUGUCAAAGAAACUUGAAAAAGUUGCGCAAAACAAGGACUGCGGGGUGUUGAAGAAGUGGCUGCGUAGCAUCAAAAGCCAUGUCUACUGGAGUGCAACAUCGUCAACAUCAGGGCCAGAGAAGGUAGCCAAGUGGAUGUCGAUUGUCAACCACAUCCAGAACGUGCACUUGCAUGAAAACCCUCUUUUCCCUAAGUGCCAACAUCCUGAUCGAGUGUCAAGGGAUCCAAGUAAAUGGUUUCAACCAGGGUCAAUGGCGCUCUACAAAGUGGAAAAAAUCCUGGUCAAUAAGAGGGUUGUCAAAGAUGUGGAGAAGCUGAGCCACCACUACCAAACAUCAUCCCUGGAGGCUUUCCACAGUUUGAUCCUUCGCUUCACACCCAAGAAUGGGGUUUUCCCUUUCAUGGGCAUGCUUUGCAGGUUGUACCUUGCAGCCAUGCACUACAAUGAAAAUGCAGACCGCGAGCAAGCCACAACAUCUGCAGGACAACCAGUAUUCAUGGUUGUGUUUCCCAAGUCCAGGAAGGGGGAGGUGACUGCGAGGCCAGUAAAAACAGACCCUACAUACAAAUAUGUGGAAGAACUUAUGAGGCUGGUUUUCGAGGAGGUGUUUGAGGACCCAACUCCAUUUGUUGAGGUGCUGAAACUGAUCCCCAUCCCCAAGGACCUGGCAUCGGAACAUGAGAGACCCUCAAAGGAGGAAGUGGUUGCACGCCAUCUGUCCCGCUUUGCUCAAGGGACAGUCGGAACCGACAUUUGCCACUAG